AUGAAGCUCGUUUUCUCACCGGCUCUCCUCUUCCUCGGCCUCACUACAGCUCAAUACGGUGGCCAAAUCAAGGUCAAAGACGACGGCUGCCCUCAAUUCACCGCUGGCGAAAAGUCGCAACCUCUCAGUUGGGUCAAGGGCAACAACAUCUGCGCAGACCUUUCCGACAUCUGCCCCGAUGGCAAAUGCUUCAUGGCAUUCCAAGCCCUCGUGACCGGCACUGACAGCAGAACGCCUGCUAAGAUGGGAGCUUGUCCUACGGAUGAUUGCUCUUCGGAUUGCCAGACCUGGGACGUCGAAUCACAGAGCAACAGCAUCAGUGUUGACUGUGCUGAGUUUACUGGCCAGCACUACUUUUACUUAGGUGACUGA